UUUCGGACCGACACUACCUUUCCGGUUUCUCCCCGCAGCUCAGGUCACUCCCUCCCUCCGCACUGACAGCAGCUCUACGCGGUUCAAACUUGCAGUCACACUGAACCAAUUCACCCUUUUCUGCCGUCUUCUCCCAGGUUUUUGACUUUUUAAGUGCAAGAGUGUUUUUAGUAAUGUGUUAAAGUGUGUGGAGCGGCGGCUCUUCACCGGGAGGAGUUACCCGUUUUGUGUUCAGUUGAAAAGCAGCGGGGGGAAAUGUCCAGCUGAGGACUGGAAAUCCUGAAAAACGCAGGGCCUGUUUCUGUAAUGAUUGAUCAAUGCUUGGACAAUGGCGCUAAAGGCACAAGUUUUAUAUGACUUCACCGCUGAGGCUGGAAACAACGAGUUGUCGGUGAAAGAAGGCGAGACUCUUACCAUCACCAAUCAGAAUAUCGGAGGCGGCUGGAUUGAAGCUCAGAACUCCAGAGGAGAGGUUGGACUGGUGCCAGAAGACUACAUCGAAUUCGGUAAGUCGCUUCCUGCGUUUCCAGCAGCGGCACCUCCUCCAAGUUUGGGAAAUGUCGCAGUUCCAGACCUGUCCAUCUUUGAUUCCUACGCUCCCACAGCAGCACCUGCACAAAACCAGGUGGAUGCUGGGGGCUUAAGUCCCCAGCCGGACACCCCUGAUACCCCAGUUUCCCCCUACCUUUCGUCCCCUGAUGAGGCGAGCAACGGUAAUGAUCCCUGGUCGGUGUGGAACGCAGACCCCUCUGGGGGCUCCAGCAACAACUGGGCAUCCAAUCCAGAGGGCACCCAGACUGGGAAGAGUGCUGCUGACCCCUGGAGCACUGUACCACAGGGCCAUCCGCAGGCUUACCAGGGCCCAGACAUCUACCCGUAUCCUUACCUUAUCGAUUACACAGGAGCGGAGGAUGACGAGUGGGAUGAUGAGUGGGAUGACAUGAAGUCCACUGGAGGUUACGCCGAGUCAGAAUCUGGAGACGGUGGAGCAAUACAGAGAGGAGGAGCUCAUGCAUCUUCAAUGAAAAUCUCCCUCAACAAGUUUCCUGGGUUCUCCAAGUCUGGUCCAGAGCUCUACCUCCUAUGCAAGCAGCUCGCUAAAGGCAAAGAGAAGCUGCCAAUCUAUGUUGGAGAAGUUGGUCCAGUGUGGUUUUACCCAGAAACACAGCUGGACUGUGUGGUGGCUGACCCCAAGAAAGGCUCGAAGAUGUACGGCCUCAAGAGCUACAUCGAGUACCAAAUCACACCGAAUACCACAAACCGAGCAGUCAAUCACAGAUACAAGCACUUUGAUUGGCUGUAUGAGAGGCUGCUAGAAAAAUUUGGGUCAGCCAUCCCCAUCCCCUCUUUACCAGACAAGCAGGUGACAGGGCGGUUUGAAGAAGAGUUUAUAAAAAUGCGCAUGGAGCGGUUGCAGGGCUGGAUGACCAGGAUGUGCAGGCACCCGGUUGUUUCCAGCAGCGAAGUAUUCCAGAUUUUCCUCAACCACAAGGAUGAGAAGGAUUGGAAGAUGGGGAAAAGAAAAGCAGAGAAGGACGAGGUAGUGGGAGUGAUGAUCUUCUCCACAAUAGAGCCUGAAGCUCCGGAUCUGGAUCUUGUGGAAGUGGAGCAGAAAUGUGAGCAGUUCAGCAGGUUCACCAAAUCCAUGGAUGACGGGGUGAAGGAGAUCCUCACAGUGGGCCACGAGCACUGGAAGAGAUGCACAGGCCCUCUGCCUAAAGAGUACCAGAGAAUCGGCAAAGCUUUCCAAAACCUCUCCUCUGUCUUCACCAGCAGUGGAUACCAAGGCGAGUCAACCCUGACUGAUGCCAUGACAGCAGCAGGCAAGACAUAUGAGGAGAUUGCUCAGAUGGUGGCAGAGCAGCCCAGAAAAGACCUUCACUUCGUCAUGGAGACCAACAAUGAAUAUAAAGGUCUUCUCGGAUGCUUUCCAGACACCAUUGGAGUCCAUAAGGCAGCCAUAGACAAGGUGAAGGAGGCUGACAAGCUGGUGGCCACCAGUAAAAUUACCCCUCAGGACAAAGUCACCAUGGCCAAACGAGUCAGCACCAUGUCAUACGCAUUGCAAGCUGAGAUGAACCACUUCCAUAGCAACCGUAUCUAUGACUACAACAGGGUCAUGCAGUUGUACUUGGAGGAGCAAGUCAAGUUUUACGAGACGAUUGCUGCAAAGCUGAGACAAGCACACAGUCAGUUCACUACAAUGUGAAAGCAACGGCCUUCAGUCUCGCACUACAAGACAAGAGGAGUUAAACCAGCUCUACAUCCAAAAUAUUAUGCUUACACUGCAUUCUUUUCCCUCCCUUUAAUUUAAAUUUCACUUCUCUCUUUCUCUCGCUCUUACCUCAUCCCUUCCUGUACUGCUCGUGCCAACAGUCCGAGCUCAUGGUGUAACUUUCACCCGCCGCUCUCAAUAGUCUCUGAACAGUUAAUGACAAUGUGCAGCAGCUGAAAAGGCUUCGACACUUUUUUAUUUUAGGGCCUGCAAUGACAACAGAACAAGACACACUUGUUAAGCACACCAUUUCCCCUGCCCACGGUCUGCAGCUUGUGACACAGGAAGUAAACGUCAUGAAUUGCUAAAAUGCAUGAGUGAAAUCCCAGAGUUUCUCUAAUGCGAUGCAAGUUUUGUACAGCUAUAGCUGCCAACGUGCCUGUGCUCAUGUUAUAUCUACAUAUUUCAAAGCAAUACUCUGCAGUUUUUCAUUUUCCAUGUUGAAUGGUGAAGGAAAGGAUUCACACGUUGUCUGCACAGUGCUGUAGUGACACCGAAAAACCAAAGCCAUCUUCCAGUCUGUCAGUAGCAGGCGGGGCUGAUUUCUGAAUGCAACCUGGCAACAAAUUAGAGCUUUACUUUCUUUUUCUCACCAAUAUUUAAUUAUGUUGCCUCUUAUUAGUACCGUUAAAGGAGCAGUGUGUAGGAUUUACUUGCCGAUCACAACUAGCUGAAACUCUCCUGUGUGCCGAGCUGAGCUCCCGGAUAGUAUUCCUUCAGUGAUCAUUGUUCAGGAGGUUUCUACAGCGAGCCGAAUUAUCCACAGACUUCUCUUCCUCUCCAAAACAAACUAAUCAGGUGAUAAAAACUAGUAAAAUCACUAAAUCAAGCAGUGUUAUGCUACAAAUCGGUGUUUUUCUGAUCUAGUUUGGCUUGUCACAGACAGGCUGCCAGCCCAGCACCUGCUAAUGUGCGCUCACCUUUUCUCUGAUGACUUAAGAUCCAGAUGUUCGGGAGGUUUUUAGUGGGAGCAGGAUUAUUUGCAGAGGUCUCUUCCUCUCCUACACAAACAGAUCUGGUGAUUUAAACCAGUGGAAACAUAGAAUGAAGCAGUUUCACGCUAAAAGUCAGCAUUUUUCCGACGUUGUUCCACUCAUCAUAGAAGGGCUGCUAACUAUGAAGGCUAACGUGAAAACGCAAACAGCCCCAUCGAGUGCAAAUGUUUGGUUUGUCCCUUCUGGGCAAGGACCCGCUCCCCAUAGAGGGCUGCAAGGAUGACAUUUUUUUGAAGGCCGACAUGGAAGUUAGCGUCGCCCUGGUUCCCUCGUCAAAAAGCCGAUGUGAUUUUUCCAUUGGAUUUUGGAUUAUUGCUGAAAAUAAACUCCGUGGAAAACAAACAUUUAGGAAACCUAACAUUUUUUGUUCAGCAAGAUAAUCCUCACAAAUAAUUUAUAAAAGAAAAAAAAGGAAUAUUUAAUUAACUAUAAAGGAGCUACAUUACGGCCGUAUGACUUCAACGUCAGCAGAAGGGGGCUGUAAAGCUGUGUUUAGCCACUUGUUAGCAACCGACCUUUAACAUUUGACAAAGCCCUAACAUCUUCGUUAAAAGCAGUGGAGCAAUCACUUCAUGAAUCCAAGUGUUGGAGGAGUCGUCAAAGGCAAAGUGUGUCCUCUGUAUGUCCACUGCUGGCAGUCCCUAGCCCCCCCCUUCAUCCUGCACUUCCUCAAAAGCUAACAGGAAGCUCCACCUCCUUCCUGUCUUGCCCCUUUGAGGAAAAUAGAAAUGGUUGACUGAGUUGCUCCCCCCUAGCCUGCGUACCAUGACACUGCAGUUUACAUUUCAGGAGAGGUGACAAUGUUGGAUAAAUGAUACUGGAGUUUGGGUUCAAUUAGUCACUCCCUCCUUCUCUCUCUCAGUUUUCCUGAAAAGUGUUUGUCCUUUUUGUUUUGUCCAGAUUACGGUGUUUUAUAUGAAGGUGUAACAGCAGCAUUAGCUGUAAGGUUCUGUACUUUGAGAAGAGUUUAGGACGGAGCCAUGGAUGAUGUCAUGUAUGCAGUUUUGCUUUUCACCACCCAGUUUUCAAUCAGUCUCUAAUCUUGUUCACUCUUUUUCUUAUCACUUGAUACAUGAAAUAUACAUAUAUAUAUAUAUAUAUAUAAAUAUAUAUAUUCUAUCUGACCUAUCAGGUGCUUGUCAUUGAGAUACUAUUUUAUGUAUAGGAGUAUUUGCAAUACAGUGUAACUCAAAGAGGAGCAAAAAUUCUGUUUGAUUUAUUAAACAAUGAUUUGUACUCAUCGGAA